AUGGGGGGGAAGCGAUGGGUGCUAGGGGCGCUGUUGGUCAUGCUGGUGGGGAGGAGGGCAUGCUGUAUUCCUCUGAAAGGAGGCGUUACUGAUCGCCCUUCAUCUCCUCCCUCUCCUCCCUCCAUGCUCUCUCCUGCUGCCAUUCCGAAUGAUCAAGCGGCUGAGCACGAGCUGCUGAAGCAAGCUCUGGAUGGGGUUGAAGGAGGAGACAGCGAGCACGGGAAGUCUGAAGCUGCACUUGGAGAUGAUUUCCAUGGACAGGGGGAAAUCAGUGAGAUGGCGGAGAUGGUUGAGAAUGAGAAGGGGUUCUUUCUGCGCACUGACGAGGACGGGGAUAGCAAGCUGAACUUAAACGAGUUCCUUGCUCAAUGGAGAGAGAGCAUGAGCUUCUAUGAAGACAGCGGCUCAGGCAACAACGAGUCGUCGAUCCUCGAGGCUCAGGAAGACGAGGCGGCGUUUGCAUUCAGGGAGUUCGAUCAGGACGUGGAUGGAUUCAUCUCGUGGCCCGAAUGGCAGAGAAUGAUGUUGGGUUUCAUGAUGCAGCUCAACAACCUAGUUUUCGAGAUGGGGAGUUUUUCUCUGAGCCCUGACCUUGUUGUCCAGGGGAAUGCCGACGACAAGCAGAAGGAGAAACACCUCCGAUCCUUGUUCUUGGAAUGGGAUAAGAACCAGGAUGGAAUUUUGAGCAGGGAAGAAUCACGGGAAAUGAUGAAAGCUUUGCAAGGGAAGAAGAACAGAGACGGGCAACCACAUGAGCUGACAGAAGACGAGAUCGAGAUGAUCUCCUGGCAGCUGAUGGACGAUAAGGACACAAACCUUGACAACGCGAUAACUCUCGAAGAAUGGCUGGCCGGCGAGAGUUAUUUUUAA